UCACUCUCUCUCUCUCUUCUUUUUCUGUCAUUGAGAUCUGUUUCAGCUUCAAUCAAAUAAUUAUUUUCUUUAAAAUAAAAAUGGGGUAUUCCCAAGGCAGUAGCAGUUGCGGCAACUCUGAUGAAGAAGAGGAGCUGAAAAUGAAAGCCAUUCUCAGGAGAAUGAAAAUGGUGUUUGAGCUCGGCUGCUUUGUGCCGCAAAGCCAAAGGCUAAGGAGAAGAAUAUCUUUGAAGAAGGCUGAGAAUCAGAAUCAGAAUCAGAACCAUUAUCAGAAGGAAGAAGAUGAAGAUGGAGAUGAAGACGAAGAUAACAUGAAGCAGAAAUUCGAGCACAACAAGGCAUGGCUACUUGCAGAGUGUGGUGGUGGUGGUGGUGGUGGUGGGUCCAACAUGAGUCACAUGAACGGGGACCCACAGUCAGUUCAUUCGUCAUUCAGGUUCAGCUUCUGCUCUCAGGUGGAGCUUGAGAAAAUGAACAUGAACAUGAGUUCUUCGAGCUCUUCAAGCGCAGCGACUGUUUUAAUGGUGAAUUUGGAGAAUGGCCGGAAUAACAUCACUUGUGUUUCUGAGUCGAAAGCCAAAGAGAUGAAGUGCAGGAGAAUUCAGUCCUUGGAGAGAACCAUUUCUCCCCUCGCCAUUACCACCACUCUUGUCAGAUUCACCUUUCCUGAGAUUGCCUCCGCCACGCGCAAUUUCUCCAAAGGUAGAGUGCUGGGGAGAGGGGCUCUGAGCUAUGUGUUCAGAGGGAGAGUUGGUAUGAUGAGAACGUCGGUGGCGAUAAAGAGGCUGGACAAAGAAGACAAGGAAUCCUCAAAGGCAUUUUGUAGGGAAUUGAUGAUUGCUGCUUCCCUUCAUCACCCGAAUGUCGUCCCUCUCCUUGGCUUCUGCAUUGAUCCUGAUCACGGCUUGUUUUUGGUCUACAAGUUUGUUUCUGGCGGCAGCCUCGACCGCCAUUUGCACGAGAAAAAGAAGAAGAGGGGAAUUAAGGGCACUUCAACACUCGGUUGGUCAGUGAGAUACAAGGUGGCCAUUGGGAUUGCAGAGGCAGUUGCAUAUUUGCAUAAUGGGACUGAAAGAUGUGUUGUUCAUAGAGAUAUUAAACCCUCUAACAUUCUUCUUUCUUCCAACAAAACACCCAAGUUGUGUGAUUUUGGAUUAGCAACGUGGACUUCUGCUCCCUCAGCUCCAUUUCUCUGCAAAACCGUCAAGGGAACGUUUGGUUACUUGGCUCCAGAGUAUUUUCAGCAUGGGAAAGUGUCAGAUAAGACCGACGUUUAUGCUCUCGGGGUAGUCUUGUUGGAGUUGAUUACCGGUCGAAAGCCGAUUGAAGCAAGAAGGCCACAGGGAGAGGAGAACUUAGUCCUGUGGGCAAAACCCCUCUUGCAUAAAGGAAAAGGGGCCAUCGAAGAGUUGUUGGAUCCAAGGAUCAAAUGCACUUCAAGAAAUUCAAAUCAGAUAGGCCGAAUGAUCGAAGCAGCCGCUGCCUGUGUAACCAGUGAAGAAGCUCGCAGGCCAGCAAUUGGGGAGAUUAUUGCAACCCUGAAAGGUGAAGAGCAACCUGUUUUCUCAAGUAGAAAGAAGAAGUCUAGUUUUCUGGGAAAUGGAUGUGUUAUUGAUUGUUACUCUCAACCACCACCAACAAACAACGAAAUGAAGAGCCACUUAGCUUUGGCCAUGUUAGGGGUUUCGGAGUUUGAAGACGACGAUCACCUUUAUUGUCGUUGAUACAAAAAAGGAAAGGUUUGACUACCUGAUUUUUUUCCUCUUUGGUUUGAUGGUUGCUUGAAUACAGAGAGCGCGAGAGUUUAGAAGUGAAAGGAUGUUGAAACUGUAGAUAGGACUAGGGUGGGAUCUGACUGUGGUUGUACAUAUUUUUGUCAUAUAUUACUUGCCCCCGCCUGUAGGAUAUUGAUAGGGGAAUAGUGCAACAGAUUUUCAUUUGAUUGUAGAAGGAGCUUUUUUAUGUUUGUUUCCAAGUAUAAAAUUCGAGUGUAAUUGAUUUUCAUUCCUGAGAAAACUUCGUUUUUGUUAUUAAA